AUCCACUUUCACCUGCCGAGCGUGAAGGAGGCCGGCCAGCCGGCUGGCGGUUCUGCGCACGCGCAAUAACACCCCCUCUCCGGCUGCCAUCUUUGUAAGGUCCGAACCAGCCGGAAGUGAUGUUGCUAGGACACACUAAUAAACAGAGAGUAACUGCAAGUCGUUGGCUUCGCAACUGAUCGGACUUCUCCAUCCUCGAUAAAUAUGCAGGCACCGACUUAAAUCAAAAGAGCCGUGCCGGACGUUUGGAUGGAACAAUGGCAGCAGUAUGCACAUGAUCACCACCACAUUAAUUCCCUGAGGUGUAAAGACAUCAAUCAAAGGCCAUUUGUACUCACUGUGGAACUUGGACUAAAGAUGACUUUCAAAGAAGCUCAAAAAUAAAACAAUACGUUGUUGCAUCAAACAUUUUAAUCUUGCUAAAAUGGAAGAGAUUGCAGUCAAAGUAGCUGUACGGAUUCGACCUCUGCUUCCGAAAGAAAUCCUCCACAACCAUCAAGUUUGUGUUCGGGUUGUUCCCAACACACAGCAAGUUGUGAUUGGGAAAGAUCGUGCUUUUACAUUUGAUUUCGUAUUUGGACAAAAAUCAUCCCAAGAAGACGUAUAUUCUGCCUGUGUAAAACCUUUAGUGAUAUCUGUAAUUGAAGGUUAUAAUGCCACUGUCUUUGCUUAUGGACAAACAGGAUCUGGAAAAACAUAUACAAUUGGUGGAGGACAUAUAGCUUCAUUUUCUGAUGAGUUGAAAGGCAUUAUUCCACGUGCCAUUCAUGAGAUCUUCCAGAACAUCACUGAAAAUCACAAUGUAGACUUUAAUGUUAAAGUAUCCUAUAUUGAAGUGUAUAAAGAAGAGUUAAGGGACCUUUUGGAGUUACAGAGCACCAGCAAAGACAUUCAUAUCAGAGAAGAUGAAAAAGGAAACACAGUGAUUAUUGGGGCAAAGGAGUGUGAAAUUGAGACACCUGAUGAAAUGAUGAGUCUAUUGGAGGCUGGCAAUGCAGCUCGACACACAGGUACCACACAGAUGAAUGAACACUCCAGCCGGUCACAUGCCAUUUUCACAAUGUACCUCAAUCAAAAACGGCCUAAAAAUGAGCAGCAAUCAAAUACUGAUGAGGAACACAUUAUAAAAGAAUCAAUAAGGUCAUAUCAACUGAUUUCUUCCAAAUUUUGCUUUGUCGAUCUAGCUGGUUCUGAAAGGGUUACCAAAACAGGAAACACAGGUGAACGAUUUAAGGAAUCAAUUCAAAUAAACAGUGGUCUCCUGGCACUUGGCAAUGUGAUCAGUGCUCUUGGAGACCCAAAGAGAAAAAGUAUACACAUUCCAUACAGGGAUACUAAGAUAACACGUUUGUUGAAGGACUCUCUUGGAGGAAAUGCUAAAACUGUGAUGAUCGCAUGCAUUAGCCCCUCAUCAUCCAGUUUUGAUGAAUCUUUGAACACUCUGAAAUAUGCCAAUCGAGCCAAGGACAUAAGAAACAAACCUAUUGUAAAUUACGACCCAGACUGGGAUCGGAUAGAUGAAAUGGAAUUACAAAUCAAAACGCUCCGGGAAGCACUGCAGAAUCAACAGACAAGCCUUCUGACUCGUGCUAGUCAGGUUUCUCAGGACUUGUUUCAAGACAAAAAACGGAUCCAUUCUCUGGAAGAGCAGGUUGCCCAUCUACAAAUGGAAAGCUAUCACUAUAAACAUUGCAUUGAUGAAGCAUUACACUUCUUCUUGGAAUUUAGAGAUGCAAACAGUUUGAAAGAAAAUCAGUGGCAAAAGCUGAAGGAGUGGUUCAACAUGGUAGAGGAACUGCAAAACGAAUUACCUGACCUUUUUGGCACUGAUAGUGGAAUUGGAAAUGGAGGACAGGAUUCUCAUCACAUUACAAUAUUUCAACUGAAAAGAGAGCUGAAGAAAUGCCAGGAUGCCCUAGGCACAGAUGAGGAGUUAUUCAGUCUAAAAGCAUCUGAGCUGAAGGAUGCACUAGGGCAAAUACAUGCUUUGAAACAGGAAAAGGAACAAUAUUUGGCAGCUUUAACAGAAACCCAAGAAAGGUGUCGUAUUCAAAAUGACAAAAUAGUUGAACAACAACUUGUUAUGGAUCAACUCCAAGAAAAAUUACAGCUCCUUAAAACUGAAAAAGUUUCAAUUCAUUGCAAAAGUUCAAAGGAAGUACCUUUAGCUGUGACCACAGCAAGAAGACCCCACAGUGUACCAUUAUUGAAAGUCCAUCUUAAGUCUUUCAAUAUAAUUCAGUCUAGUCAAGCUACUCCCAAUACAGAUUCCAGAAAGGUGCACACAAGCCCCCCUUCUUAUGCUCUUGACAGAGUGGUGGCAAGUUUUCGAAUGCGCAGUCAGAUGUUAGUUGAUCACCUUGAAGAGCACGAUGAGGUUCUUCGUCAUAAAUUAGAUGAUGAUAGUGAUGGUGAGGAAGAAGAAAAGAAGAAAGAAAACAUAAACACGCAGCCUUCAAGGCACCGAAUAAAACAUACUUGGACUCAAAAACCAUCCCAUGUGGUUAACAACUCAAAGUUAUUCAAAAAAGGUUUCCGUAUGGACAAUCAAGAAAAGGGUGACAACAAAACAGAAUUGGACUCAGGGAAAGCUCCACAACAGAAUUCUUCCUCUGAGGCUGACCGUUUGCGACAGAGCCAAGUGUUAAACAUGAAGAAAUUGAAGACUGCAGACAAGGAUGUGGCGCAUUCCAAGCAGAAAAUAAGGGAACUUGCCAUCAAUAUUCGUAUGAAGGAAGAACUCAUUAAAGAAUUGGUUAAAACAGGUCAAGAUGCUCAAGCUGUAAACCGGCAGUAUUACCAAAAGAUCACUCAAUUAGAACAAGAAGCUGAGCAGGCCAAGACUGAGCUGUCAGAAGCUCAGAAACAAUUACAGGAACUGGAGAACAAGGAACUUCGGGAUGCUGCAGAGAAAACAAAGUUACAAAAAGAAUUCCGCAAGAAAAUGGAAACCGCCAAAGUUAAAAUGCAGAGCCUGCAGAGGAAACAACAGGAAACAAAAAAGUUGUUUUCUUUAUCAGCGCAGAGUGAGAAGCAUUUGAUCCAGUUGAGUCAGAAUGUGGAAAAUAUGAAACAACAGCAACAGCUGCUUCAGAAGAAACUGCAUGAAGAAAGCGAGAAAAAACGAAAACUGGAAAAUGAGAUUGAAAGAGAUCAGCAACUAAUUAAAGAGUUGGAAUUAAAACGAGAACAACAGCAGAAAAUUCUGAAAAAGAAAGCUGGAGAGAUUACCCAUCUGAAGAAAACAAAGUGCUCCCCUAUCAUCUCACAGGAACAGCAGAGGAUUGAUGAACAACGCAAAUGGUUGGAUGAGGAGGUGGAGAAAGUUCUGCAACAAAGACAAGCUCUAGCUGAGUUGGAAGAGGACUUGAGAAAAAGGGAAGUUAUUGUAGACAAAAAAGAAGCACUAUUACAGGAGAAAAACCAAUUGGAAAUGAAACGGUUACGCUCCAGUCAGGCUUUGAACAAAGAUAUUUUAAAUUUAUCCAUUCGCUUAAACACAAUAGAAAGGGAAUUAUCAGACAAAAGCACUCAACUUCAGAAUAGUACUGCAGAGGAAAGAAAAACCAUUUCAGAAGAGAUGCAAGUACUUCAAUGGGAAAGAGCUCAACUGCUGAAAAGAAGACACUGUCUGGAUGAGAAAUUAGAGCUUGGAAAUGUUCUGUCACCUGAGGAAGAGCGAAUACUCUUCCAAUUGGAGGAAGGCAUUGAAGCUCUGGAUGCUGCCAUAGAAUACAAAAAUGAAACAAUUAAUUGUCGUCAAGAUUCAUUGAGGGCCUCAGAUGGUAGCCUUACCCAAAAUGAGGCAAACGUAAUGUUUAGACUGGGUGCUUUAUCGGCUGCUGAGACAAGAGUCCUUCUAUGCAGAUACUUUAAUAAGGUCGUUAGCCUACGUGAGACUGAACGCAGUUUGCAGGUGCAAUGUGCAGAAAUGUCUGUGAAGGUAACUGAACAAGAGAAUGUAGUCCAUGAAUUAGAAUCUGCAGUGGAACGUUUAUCAAUGGAGAUAGACAGACGACUAACUAUGCAACAGAAGGAGCAUGAACAGAAGAUGCAGUUGGUCUUACAGUACUUUAAAGACAGAACUAGUGAUGGACUUGCAGAUGGCAUUAAGGCACAUGAAUCAAAAAUUCAACAAUUGGAGAAGGACCUGUAUUUCUACAAAAAAACAAGUAGAGAAUUAAAGAAAAAACUGAGGGAAUUGGUCGAAUCAUUAAACCAGAAUCAGCAUGUGGCAGCUUCAAAAAAUAAUGGAACUGGUAAUACAGUAUUAAGCCCAGGAGGAGGAGAAGUUCAUAUAAUGGAACAAAAAUGGGCUUCAAGAGCAUCCAAAAGUACUGGAGAAGGAAACAUCAGUUCUCCAGCCAUAUCUAGAACACACAAAAAUCAGAAAUUAUGGGAAGAAACUUCUGAAAUGGUACAUGUCUCCACAAAAAUGAUACCUGAGCAAGAGUAUUCAUUCAGUUCAGAAAUGACAGAUGAAGUACAGUCAUCAAAUGCCCUCACUUCAACUUUCAAGCCAUCUCAGAUAGUUGAGAAGACAUCACAGCCUCAUGUCAUUACUCCUGUAAGAUUAUCCCGCAAAGAGCUGCGACAGAUUACGGCAACACAAGUAUCCAUGAGACGUUCUAGUUACAGUCACAGUGUAAAUUCCAUCCCUACAGAUUCUAUUGAAAUAACCAGGAAAUCUAUGGACUUCAAUAAGUAGCAUAAAGUUUGCUUGUUAUGAAUCUUGAAAUGUUCUUAUACUGGAACCAUACAAGCUAAUUCCUGAUUGAGCUAGGGAAAUCUGACUUAAAGAUGUGGGUUUGCAAUAGAAAGUGGUAUUUUUCCAAGUGGAUUCUGCUGAAAAAGACGCAAAUUCCUACAGUACAUUCCUCCAGUUAACUGAACAGAAAUGAUCAGUUCUCCAAAAUGUAAAGACAAAAGGGAAAAACAAGCUAGAUUUGUAGUUUUGCUUCUAACAUUUUCAGAUUGAAUUAUCAGAAAACUGCAGUAUUUUUUAUAUAUAUAUAUAUAUGAAUUAUCUAUUAGAAUGCACAAACAAUCAAAUUGAUAUUAUCUGGAGAGAAAUUCAGAAAACACAGUUGGCGUAAAACAAUGGCAUAUGAAUGGUUACUUCCAAAACUAAACUUGACCAUUAAAAGACCACUUAUUUGUAUCUUAAUAACAAUGUCUGACCCUCACCUCAACACCUCAUCUCAUCUGCUACUGACACCUGUGUCUUUUGUUACCUCCAGACUUGAGUAUUCCAGUGCACUCUUGAUCAGCCUCAUAUUCUACCAUGCAUAAAGUUGAGGUCAUCCAAAAUGCAGAAGCCCACAUCGUAACUUGUGCCACAGCCUGGCCACUGAUCAUCCCAGUGUUUGCUGAUUUGUAUUAGUUAAGCAAUGUCUUGGUUUCUGGUGUUGAUUUUCAAAUUUCCCCCGGUGCACUUCCUUUUUCUGAAACACCCUCCAGCCUAUAACUCUUCGUAAUAUCUGCACUCCUGCAAGUUUGGACCUUUGAGCAUCCCAAUUUCAAAUCCUUCAUCUUUGAUGAGUGUACCUUCCACUCCCAGUGCCUUCAUUUCUGGAAUUCCCUCACUAAGCCUAUUCUCCUGUCUUCCCUGCUUAAAACUACUGUCUGGCUAGGAUUUGUUGGAAUCAAUGUCAAAUUUGUUUUAUAAUCCUGCUGUGAAAGGCAUGGAGUCAUUUUAGUCAAUUAAAGAUGCUAACUAAGUUGUUGUUUAUGUGGGGAAAUUGAAAUAAUAUAAUUUGUAUAAUAAAAGCACACCAAUGUAGCUUUUCAUAAUUUGAAGAAAAACAGAAUCUGAAACAGCUCGAUUCACUUUAAAAGUGCAGCACUUCAUUUGCACAACCAGCUUAGAUUAUGUUUAAAUAUGUGUGAAUAAUGAGUAGAUUAGUGGAUGGGUUAUUGCAUUUCACAAGUUCUGUUUGACGGUCACUCAGCAUCAUUUCUCAUUGUCUUGUGUUUUAAAAAUGCCAACGUUGAACUGAAUAUCCCAAGCAGCCUACUACUCAGAAUUAUGUCAUCUCCGCCAGGUUCAAUCUAAGAACCUUUACAUGCAUUAAUAAAUUAACAUGGCUUAAUUGAUAUAAUAUUUGCCUUCACUUUAGAGAUUUUAAAAAAUCUACACUGCUUGAGAUCUAUCCCAGUAGCAUAGAUUAUCCAUCCAUUCUUGAAACUUGCCAAUUUUAAUUUUAUGAAAUGGUCUGUACAAUGACUGUGCAAACAGAAUGCCAAUUUGUUGAUGAACAAAACAAACCUCUCACAGAUUGUGCACUCACAUUUCAUUCCAGAACUGCACAGUAUCAGUAUUGCAAUCUUUUAAAUGAAACAUUAAAAUGAAACCACAGAUGAUUGUUCAAAUAAAUGUUUUAAAGGUCCCAUGGCACCAUUGGAAAAUGAGACCAUGGAUGCUUCUGAUGUAUUGGCUAUUAUUCCUCCCUGUACGAUCAUCACGAAGAAUGACCUGACUUGGUCAUUUAUGUUGUUGAUGUUUUGUGGAAAUUAGUUUUUACAUUUGUCUCCCCAUUACAUGUCAAAAACAAUUUAUUUGUUUAACUAAUUCAUUUUCCUUUAACUAGUUCUUUGCCCCCAUUUUCAUUGUUGAACAAACUUGUAUUGUAGCCAUUGUAAGGUAUUUUGAAGGAAGGUAGCAGUGUAUUUUAAUUAGAUUCCAACUUGUAAGUUUAGAUUGGUAGUUUUGCUCAAUUGUUGAUAAUGGAAAAAAAUGAUACUUUGGUACACCAGUGGUGUUGAUUUGAGGUUAUGGCUGAGGCAUUUCAUUACGACUGAGCAGAAAGAGUUUUGCUCACCAUUAACCUGACUAUUGUUAUAUCUGGCCCCAGGAGUGUUUGAUGACAGCACUAAUCAACUCCCUCGAAUCAACAUUUCCCAUCUCGAGUACAGAACUUAUGCUACUUACCGUUGAAUUUUUCCACCUAAUUCUAAUGAGAAUUGUAAAUUAAGUACAGAUUUCACUUGGGGCAAAACACUUGUGUCAUCAAGUAUUCCUGAUCAGAUGAUAAUACUAUUAUUUUCCAGAUGUGCAGUUCAUUUUGUGUUGGCAUUCCAAAUGUAUUCCAUUUUUGUUCCGAUGGUGUCAUGGUCCAAAUGUUAUUCAGUAUUCUACACAUUGUGUUCUUUUUUGUACUUUAAUGAGGAUUUUUUGUAGUAUUUGAGUUUAAUGGAUUUUUUGUAGAAGCAUUUUAUAUGAUUGCACUUGUUAAUUUUAUUUAAAGAAAAUUUUAUAUUUAUGUAAAAAAAAUUCUCUUGCUGAAUUAAAUCAAUAUUUACAGUAAAUGCAGUCAGUACCAGGAUCCUUUAAAAAUAUUAGCAACUAUUACAGUUAAAAAUGAUUUUAAAUAAAAGGCAAUAAUACAAACAAUAAUAGUUAAUUAUAAAGAUUUGAUUUUCAAAUGUGAAUUGAUGAUGAAAUUCUUUCAAACAUUUUCAGAAUUUGGGCCAAUUUGUGCUGAGUUGUUACUGGCCAAAUAAAUUCCAAAUCAAAUCCAAA